UAUUCUACUAGACCUAGAUUGUGAUUAAAACACCAUGUUUAUAAUGACAUGAAUAUACAUACCGACUUUACCUUGCAAAAAGGUUACAAAUUUACCAAAAUAAGUAUUUGAACCUCUUAUCUGUAAUAUUAUAAUAAUUUAUUUCAUGAAUUUUCGAUUAUUUUAAAAUUCUUACUUUUACUUCAACGAACAAAAAGUGUUGUGUUGGUGCUAUGGUUUCUGGAACAAUUAAACAUGUCAUACAUUGUACCUGCUUUAUUGGUUUCAUCAUUUUGGGCCAAGUUUUUAUGGUAGUACCAUCUAAUUACACUGAAGACUGGGAACAAUGUGAUACGGUUAGAUUAAUUAUAUUUUGGAUCGUGAAGUUGGGCACGUUUGCCACUAUUCCGCAGCUGUUUUCUUCCUUCAUUGGUGUGUUGAUUUAUAAUUCUUUUUCGGACAAUAUAAUAAUAAAAGGACCACGUCUGCUGGCACCUUUUGUAUGUUUUCGAGUGGUGACCAGAGGUGACUUUCCUCAAUUGGUACAAAAUAAUGUUCAGAGAAAUAUCGAAACGUGCUUAUCGGCAGGACUGGAACACUUUUGCUUUGAUAUCGUUACGGAUAAUACAAUUAAUAUUAGUCCAAGUAGACAAUUAAAAGAAACUGUAGUACCAUCCACGUACAAAACAAAAAGUGGUGCCCUAUAUAAAGGAAGAGCUUUGCAAUAUUGCUUGGAAGAGAACGUAAAUUUUUUGGAAGAUGACGAUUGGAUUGUCCACUUAGAUGAAGAGACCUUAUUAACUGAAAAUUCUGUUAAUGGAAUUCUGGCUUUUGUUAUGGAUGGAAAACAUCAAUUCGGACAAGGAGUGAUAACUUACGCAAAUGAACAAAUUGAAAGUUGGAUAACUACCCUGAUAGACAGCAUUAGAGUUGCUGAUGAUUUAGGUAAACACAAAUUUCAGCUACGAUUUUUUCAUAAGAUGUUUUUCUCGUGGAAGGGAUCUUUUAUGGUGGCACAGGUAGCAGCUGAAAAAGAUGUAACUUUUGACCAUGGCCUUGAAAGCUCAUUAGCCGAAGACUGCUUCUUCGGCUUCCUCGCACGUGAAAAAGGCUACACUUUUGACUUUAUAGAAGGUGAAAUGUGGGAGAAAUCACCUUUCACACUUACUGACUACAUAAAACAAAGAAGUCGCUGGCUGCGAGGUACCUUUCAGUUCAUAAUGUCAAAUCAUAUUCCAGGACGAUACAAAAUCACCGGAUGUUUUGGUUGUUUCUCGUGGAUCUGUGUACCGUUUGUAGCUGUUAACGGAAUUUUAAAUUUUUGUAUGCUUACUCCUUAUUUUCCUAUCUGUGAAAGGAUUCAUUUGUUACUAAAUACAAUUGCUGUCUAUUUGUAUUUCUUUGGCGUAGUUCACUCAUUUUAUAGAUCUAAUUUGACUAGAAUCAUUUUAUAUUUUGCCUGUAUUGUAAUUUUAGCACCAAUUUAUAUUUUUCUGGAAAGUAUGGUCGUUUUUAUGUUUCUUUUUACUAGUAGAAAUACAUUUCAAAUUAUAACUAAAAGUUUAGAACAGAAACAAGCUAGCAUUGUAUGAAAAUAUGAAUAAAAAUUUAAAAUAUG